AUGGGAAUGUUUGACCUCCGCUAUAUUGGCCCCCAUCACACCUGGACUAACAGCCAGCCUGAUAAUCCUAUCUCUAAAAAACUCGAUAGACUGCUUGUCAACUCUACCACCCUAUCUACCUUCCCAAACGCCUUAGCUUCCUUCCUACCUCCACUUACCUCUGACCACACCCCCUGCAUCCUUGACCUAGCUUUCUCCCUCCCUAAAGCCGGCUCCCAACCUUACAAAUUUCCUAACUACCUGACCAAACACCCAGGGUUUCAUCAGCUGAUCCAUGAUGUCUGGUUCCAAGUCGGAAACAUGUGCCAAACGCUUGCUCAACUGUGUUGGAAACUAAAAGUCAUAAAGAGUGAUAUGAGAGCACUAAACAAAGAUAAUUUUUCACAAAUUCAAGAGAGAGUGAGUGAAGCUAACCGUUUGCUUCAAUGUGCGCAGGUUGAGGCUUUGCAGAAUCCCACUACUACCACGUUCCAAGUAGAGAGAGACUUGCACCAGAACUGGACAUUCCUGAGACAUAUAGAGGAAAUAUAUUUCAGGCAAAGGUCAAGGAUAAACUGGCUGAGAGAAGGAGACCUAAACACUACAUACUUCUUUCGGAUCUGCCAAGUUCGGGCAAGCUACAACUCCAUUCGUGCUUUCCUGACUCAAACUGGUGACCUGAUAACAGACCCACUGGAGAUGAGUGCGCUAGCAGUUACACACUUUCAAUCAGUCCUUGGGCCGCCUCAUUACUGCCCUCCUGCUCUACUCUCUCAUCCGGCUUGGUUUCAGGACCUGUUAGGCUACUCUUUCCCUGAAGAACAAAGGCAGAAUAUGGUGUCAAUCCCUUCAAAUGAAGAAAUAGCGAAUUUGUACUUCAAGCUUAAUCCAAACAAGGCACCUGGCCCUGAUGGACUAACCUCAGCAUUCUUCAAGGCUACUUGA